AUGGAGCCGGACAUAUCAACUAAAUCUUCAAACGAAAUAUUAACUGAAUUAUUUGGCGCUUUCAAUGCCGAACCCCCCGAUUUGAAAGAAAAAUCUCAAUCGAAUAGUAAAAAACAUAGUUCAAAACACAGUAAAAAAAAAUCUAAAAAAAAAAGUCAUUUGAAAAAAUCUAAAAAAAAAAAUAAAAGUAAAGAUAAAAAGAAAAGGAGGCAUUUAAAUAGUGAUACAGAAUCAGAAUCAGAAUCAAAUCAUGUCAAAAAGAAAAAGAGUAAAAAAAAAAAAAUUAAAAAAGAAUUUUCAUCACCUACAAGUGUUAAUAUUGAAUUACCUGUUAAUAAAGUUCCAAUGGCUUUGGAAAUAAUGUUAGAUGGAACUGUUGGUAUUAAAGGAGAAGAUGGUGUUAUUACUAAAGUUCAAGAUAUAUGUCAAAGUGACAAUAAUGUUUGUGAAAAUAAUACGGAGGACAUAUCGAAUAACAUUAAUGAUUGUUCAUUAAAUAUUGUUGAUGAAGUAGAUACUGACAAAAAAUUUGAAAUUGUUAAUUCUCUUAACAAUAAUAAUAAUAAUAAUGAUAGUAAUAAAGAGACUGAAGAAAAAAAAAAUGAAUCGAAAAUUUUGCAGUUGUUUGAAACGGAUUUCAUCGAAACAGGAGAUAAAAAAAAAAAUAAAAAAAUUCAAAUUAAAGAUCUUAAAUUCAGUACAGUAUUUCAAGAAACUGUUAAAGCUGUCGAAGAAGAAAAGAAAAAAAAAGAAGAAAGUCAUGAAGAAGGAGAGUUGACAGAUUCAUCAGCUGAUGAUCAAAGUAUUGGUAGCAGCAAAGAAAAAUUGAAAAUUAAAGAUCGUUCCAGGCGCAAGCAUUCGAGUAGUUCGAGGAGUUAUCAUAAAAAACAUAACUCGGAACAUUCAAGGAGGAGAAAAUAUUCGGAAUUGAAAUCAAGGUCUAGGUCUAGGUCAAGAUCUAGAUCAGACUCGAGAUUAAAAAGUUACUAUAAACGUUGUACAAAGUGUAAAUCACAUAAAUGUAGAUGUAGAAAAUAUAGAUCUAGCUCUAAGGAACACCAUUAUUAUACAAAACAAAGUUUUACAAGGUCUGAUUUUACUCAUUGUAUAAAAGUUAUUUUACAAGUUUUCUUAAAUGUUUUCGAGUCAAGGUCAAGGUCAAAAUCAAAGUCAAGAGAUAGGUCUUUGGAAAGAAGAAAAUCAAGAUCUAGUCAAAAACCUAAAGAGUCAAAACAUCACAUUAAAGAUGAAAAGGAUGAAGUUGUAUUAAAUGAAGCAGUAGAAAAAAUAGACAAGGAAAAAUUAUUGGCGAUUGCGAGAAAAAAUGCAUUGAAAUUAAUCGAUGCCGGUGUUGUACCAGGAGCAGAAAAAUUAACCGCCAUAAAAGCUGGAGGAAAAACCGUUAAUGAAUUGACUGAAUAUUGUAAGAAAAUAUCAGAAAAAGAAGCUCUCGGUGAUGGUAUUAGUGAUAUUGAAAGCGAAUCGAGCGAUGACGAAGAAAAACUUUUUCAUCAUCCCUUUCAAGUUCGUGAUCGACCCAACAGUAUUAUCAUGAACAUAAAGAAUUCGAUACCUUUACCAGUAAAAUCCCUUCAAGAAAAAGCAGCAGAACAAGCAAAACAGUUAAGAUUACAAUUUCCGGUUUCCAGCGGUUCAUCCCACAGGCGAAACGAAAGCGAAUGGGUACCCGUUUCGCCUAAAAAAGAAGAAACUACUUUUACGCCUUCCGUUACGCCCAUGGUAUCCAAACCACCUCCCCCGCUACCCAUCGAAGCUCCAAUACCUACGUCCAUUCCUCCUCCUCCUAUACCUGUAGUUCCUUUCAUGCCUUCGGUUCCUCCUCCCGAUUUUCAAAACAGAUCCAAUUUUCCAAUGAUGCAGUUUAAUCAUCCCCCGCCUAAAUUAGACAUAAGUUCAAUAGUGUCAAAGAGAUUGGAAGCCAUAAGAAAAUUACAAGAAAAUCCACACGAUUCACAAGCUCUUACUCAAAUGUAUAGUGCCCAGCAAGAGAUGCAAUAUUGGGCGGAAUCAAAACAGGAAACGGGUGCUUUUACCGGAAGCACUGGAGUCAAAGUUUUAUCUCCAUCAGAACUUUGUUUGGGAGCUCAAGCAUGGGCAAGACGUGAUCAGUUAAAAUGUGCUACACCAGUUACUGGUGGCAUGGGAAUGACUUUACUCCAGAAAAUGGGUUGGCAACCGGGUGAAGGUUUGGGAAAAAACAAGGAAGGAACUUUAGAACCUUUAAGAUUAGAAGUAAAAAUGGAUAAAAAAGGUUUGUUAGCUCCUGAUGAAUUUCGUAAAGGGAAAAAACCUGCCAAUUUUACUGUAGGAGCUCCUGCUCAAGUAAUUAAAAAUUUAGAUGGAAAGCAUCCGGUUUCUUUAUUAAACGAACUUUGUAGCAGAAGAAAAUAUGGAACUCCACAAUUUGAACUUUGUUUUGAAUGCGGACCAGAUCAUAAAAAAAAUUUUUUAUUUAAGGUGAUAGUUAACGGAGUCGAAUAUACGCCUACCAUUGCCAGUCCUAAUAAAAAACAAGCUAAAGUAGAAGCGGCUGCAGUUUGUCUUCGCGCAUUGGGAAUUAUUCCUAAUAAUAUUUAA